AUGAGUGAGGCGGGCAGAGGCACUAGGGACCAGCUGUGGAGGCCCAGGCCUGGAUCUUAUUUGCCCGAGUGCCCAGGCUGGUCAGAGAUUGCAGGUGUCAAGAAAGAGGAGGGCCUGGAGGCCAGGGGCCUGGGAGCUGGCGGUGCUGCUUCUGGUCUGACUGUGUCCUUGUCCCCCACCCCCCGGCCCACCUACCCGCCCCCUCCCCACGCAGAUAUCUGGGACUCCGGGAAGAAGCCGGUGAUGCUGUUUCUGCAUGGUGGCUCCUAUGUGGAGGGCACCGGGAACGUGUUGGAUGGCUCUGUCCUGGCCACCUACGGCAACGUCAUUGUAUCCACACUCAACUACCGGCUUCGGGUGCCUGGUUUUCUCAGCACUGGGGACCAGGCUGCAAAAGGCAACUACGGGCUCAUGGACCAGAUCCAGGCCCUGCGCUGGCUCAGUGAGAACAUUGCCCACUUUGGGGGCGACCCCGAGCACAUCACCGUCUUCGGAUCUGGGGCAGGGGCCUCCUGUGUCAACCUUCUGAUCCUCUCCCACCAUUCGGAAGGGCUGUUCCAGAAGGCCAUCGCCCAGAGUGGCACUGCUAUCUCUAGCUGGUCUGUCAACUACCAGCCUCUCAAGUACAUGCGGCUGCUGGCGGCCAAGGUGGGCUGUGACCGGGAGGACAGCGCCGAGGCCGUGGAGUGUCUGUGCCGGAAGCCUUCUCGGGAGCUGGUGGACCAGGACGUACAGCCCGCCCGCUACCAUAUCGCCUUUGGGCCCGUGGUGGAUGGUGACAUAGUCCCCGAUGACCCUGAGAUCCUCAUGCAGCAGGGAGAAUUCCUCAACUACGACAUGCUCAUCAGUGUCAACCAGGGAGAGGGCCUCAAGUUCGUGGAGGACUCGGCGGAGAGCGAGGACGGCAUGUCCGCCAGCGCCUUCGACUUCACCGUCUCCAACUUUGUGGACAACCUGUAUGGCUACCCGGAGGGCAAGGAUGUGCUGCGGCAGACCAUCAAGUUUAUGUACACUGACUGGGCCGACAGGGACAAUGGCGAGAUGUGGCGCUAGACCCUGCUGGCGCUCUUUACCAGCCACCAGUGGGUGGCACCGGCUGUGGCCACCGCCAAGUUGCACGCUGACUACCAGUCCCCUGUCUACUUUUACACCUUCUACCACCACUGCCAGGCUGAGAGCCGGCCCGAGUGGGCAGAUGCAGCGCACGGGGAUGAGCUGCCCUAUGUCUUUAGUGUGCCCAUGGUGGGUGCCACCGACCUCUUCCCCUGCAACUUCUCCAAGAAUGAUGUCAUGCUCAGCGCCAUGGUCAUGACCUACUGGACCAACUUCGCCAAGACCGGCGACCCCAACCAGCCGGUGCCACAGGACACCAAGUUCAUCCACACCAAGCGCAACCGCUUCGAGGAGGUGGUGUGGAGCAAGUUCAACAUCAAGGAGAAGCAGUACCUGCACAUCGGCUUGAAGCCGCGCGUGCGCGCCAACUACCGCGCCAACAAGGUGGCCUUCUGGCUGGAGCUCGUGCCGCACCUGCACAACCUGCACACGGAGCUCUUCACCACCACCACGCGCCUCCCUCCCUACGCCACGCGCUGGCCGCCGCGCCCGCCCCCUGGUGCCCCCGGCACUCGCCGUCCUCCGCCUCCGGCCACCCUGCCGCCCGAGCCCAAGCCCGAGCCGGGUCCCCGGGCCUACGACCGCUUGCCCGGGGACUCCCGAGACUACUCCACGGAGCUCAGCGUCACCGUGGCCGUGGGCGCUCCCCUCUUCCUCAACAUCCUUGCCUUCGCCGCCCUCUACUACAAGCGGGACCGGCGGCAGGAGCUGCGGUGCAGGCGGCUCAGCCUCCCCCCCAACCCGCCCAGGCGGCCCGGGCACCGGCGUGCCCGGCGGGGCACCCUGCUCCCUGCUGCCGGCCGUGAGCUGCCACCCGAGGAGGAGCUGGUGUCGCUGCAGCUGAAGCGGGGCGGGGGCGUCGGGGCGGAACCUGCGGAGGCCCUGCGCCCCGCCUGCCCGCCCGACUACACCCUGGCCCUGCGCCGGGCGCCGGACAAUUUGCCACUGUUGGCCCCCGGGGCCCUGACCCUGCUGCCCAGCGGCCUGGGGCCACCACCUCCCCCGCCGCCCCCCUCCCUCCAUCCCUUUGGGCCCUUCCCCCCACCUCCCCCCACCGCUACCAACCACAACAACACGCUCCCCCAUCCCCACUCCACCACUCGGGUAUAGGGGGCGGCUCGGGGAGGCCGCCCUCCCCGGCCCUCCCGGCCAGCUCAGAAGGCAGGGAGGAGGACUUGGCGACAGGCUUUUGUCGUGUGGAGCUGUGACACAUCGAGGAGCUUUAGGUGGACAUGGGUUUCCUCGCCGGGAUGUGUGCGCUUCUCCCUCGCGGAGUGGCCCGUUCUCUUCUCCGGACGUGGGCCUUUGAACAACUGGGGGGGGUGUUUUUUCCCCUCCGUCGUCUGGACACCCGUCUUCGGUGUGUGGAGACGUGGAACUAUUUUCCCACGUGGAGGUGUGCUUU